UUGACAGAUUUUCGUCUGGUCAUGUGGAAAAGGGCUCCUUCAAGAAACUCCUUUGAAAACCUUUGUAAAAGUAUAUGGUCAACGUAUACUUGUUCUUCUGUUCCUUUCUCUAUUUUUCAAAAACGAAGCUUUCAUAACAACCGUUUGAUCCUGGAAACAUGGAAAGAGAAUGGUGUAGAAACUGGCAAAGUUAUUGACCGCAACACACAACCAUCGUUUCGUUUUGACAAGCUACUUGUUGCGAAUCGUGGAGAAAUUGCCUGUAGAGUUUUCCGCACUGCGAAGAAGUUAGGAUUGAAGACCGUCGCUAUUUAUAGUGAUGCUGAUCGUAACUCAUUGCACGUCGAUUGGGCAGACGAAGCUAUUCGAAUAGGACCUCCACCUUCUACAGAGAGCUAUUUAAACAUGGACAAUAUCAUAAGAGCAGCUAAACAAGUGGGUGCUCAAGUCAUCCAUCCAGGUUAUGGCUUUCUAAGCGAAAAUAGUAUUUUUGCUGAAAAAUGUCGACAAAAUGGUAUUCUAUUUGUGGGUCCUCCUGUUGAAGCCAUAAAGAAAAUGGGUUCGAAAGCUGCUGCAAGGUCUAUCAUGCAAGCUGCAGGUGUUCCUGUAGUUCCAGGUUAUCAUGGAGAUGACCAGUCCGAUAAGAGAUUACUUGAAGAAGCCAAAAGAAUCGGCUUUCCCGUCAUGAUCAAGCCUUCUAUGGGAGGUGGUGGAAAAGGAAUGAAGAUUGUGCAUUCCGAGUCCGAGUUUUUAAGUUUAUUGGAAGCCUCUCGUGCAGAAGCAUCGAGUUCGUUUGGAGAUACUCAUAUUCUUUUAGAAAAAUAUUUGGCUGUUUCUCGUCAUGUAGAAGUACAAAUUGUUGCUGACAAACAUGGCAAUUGUGUACAUUUGUAUGAAAGAGACUGUUCUGUUCAACGUCGACAUCAAAAGAUCAUUGAGGAGGCACCGGCGCCAGGUAUUUCUUCCAGUCUUCGUAGUCUACUUGGUGAGACUGCAGUUGCAGCAGCCAAAGCGGUUGGUUAUGAAAAUGCAGGAACGGUAGAGUUUAUUUUGGAUGCGACUCGAUUGGAAUCAUACAACGAACAGUUAUCAUCAAAACAAGAUUGGAAAACAAAUCCUCCAUUUUAUUUUAUGGAAAUGAAUACUCGUUUACAAGUCGAACAUCCAGUUACAGAAAUGAUAACUGGACAAGAUUUAGUAGAAUGGCAACUACGCGUUACGAAUGAAGAAUAUUUACCCAUUUUACAUCAACAACAGAUUCCAUUAAGUGGUCAUGCAAUGGAAGUGAGAAUAUAUGCAGAGAAUCCUUUUGAUCAAUUCCUUCCUCAAGCCGGAACCAUUCAUAAACUCAUAUAUCCACCAACGAUACAAUCCUUUUCUUCCAAUCCUUCCGUUCCUAUUCGUAUUGAUUCGGGUAUGAAAGAAGGCGAUAUGGUUGGCGUAUUUUAUGAUCCAAUGAUUGCCAAGUUGAUUGUAUCAGGUCAAUCGAGAGAAGAAGUUAGACAAAGACUGGUAGAUGCAUUAUUCCAUACUCGUGUAUUUGGUAUCCCAACGAAUAUUGAAUUUGUACAACGAAUCUUACGUUUGGAAGAAUUUGCUAUGACUGGAAUAGAUACUGGCUUUUUGGAACGAAAUAUGGAAGACUUGACUAUGCCAUUACCAGGUUGGGUUGUUCGACAUUGUGCAGUUUGUGCUUCAGUUGCUCAGUUUUUAUUUGACUCAUACGUCCAAUAUUCACGUCAAAGUGCUGAUCCUUGGUGUCUUCCUGCUUUAUCCUUGUUUCGUUUACAUUUAGAACAGCGUUAUUCCAUGGAUUUGAUUCCGGAUAAAUUCUCCACUGCUGCAGAAAAGGAUAAGGAAAUUCACGUACAAUUGACUCGAUUAGAAUCUUCGGAAGCUUCAGAGUUAUUGUUUUUGGCCAAGUUGAAGGAACAUCAAGCACUGGUUCGUAUUUUAGAAAGACAAGUUAUCCUGGAUGAACGAGAUGAUGUAGCUGUAAAAGCUGGAACCAAAGCAUCAGCAGAUUAUAUGAUAAAAAUGAAACUAGAGUGGAAGUUACCGCAAGAUACAGAAACCGAUAUGCGUUCGCAACCUGAUGUUGGAACCAGUUUUCGAGAAUGGAUAGAUGUUUAUCAAGUUGGUUCUGAAGUCGUUGUGUAUCGAGAAGGAUUGAGUUCUUUGAACAAGUCUAUGACGACGGGUUAUAAGGAGCUUACAGAUAGUUCAGCUAUAGUUGCACGUUUCAAACGGUCUAAAAGUAUGCUUGCUUUUGAAAGAGGAGAUUCUUUGGAAACUAGCUCUCCUCUAUCUCAUGGAGCAGUUCAAAGUCCUAUGCCAGGGCGUGUAGCUAAAGUAUUGGCUACUGUAGGUCAGCAAGUCAACAAAGGUGAUCCCAUUUUGGUGUUGGAAGCUAUGAAAAUGACUCAUCAGAUCCUUUCUCCUAUUGCUGGAUGUGUAAAGGAAAUCCAUUUUGGUCCGAAUGAUUUGGUUUCAGGAGAAGCGAUGUUGUUUGAAAUUCAACCCGAUGUUGAAGAGCAAACAACGAACUUGGAAAAUAAAGCUUAGAAUAGUCGAUUAUUGACAGAAGGAAACAAUAACCGAAACGGAUAAGAACAUCUAUAAAUAUAUAUAUAUAUGA